CAGCAUGAGUAAAUCCAACAUGGCUGCCUCCUGUGCAGUUUGAGGACCUCUGGUAGGCGAAAGUCACACUAUUAAUCUCACUGACAACAAUAGUUUUUUUUUUUUUGUUUGUUUGUUUGUUUUUUAAAUAUUUUGAAGUCAUGUCCACGCUGGCAAUGACGCUGCUCCUCCACACAGCCUGUCCAAGGAGUCCGACAGCCUGCAGGAGUCUGUGCGCCGCUCUGCUGAGGAGGUCCCACCGCAGAGCUCAUGUUUCUCACUUUAGUCAUUCGGCUCGGUGUUCAUCUAAAACAUGCUCGGCACUGCUGUACAGAAACCACGGAGAGCCGUCUCAAGUCGUCCAGUUCGAGGACGUGGACCUUCCCUCUGUUGGGGCAAAGGAUGUUCUUGUUAAGAUGCUGGCAGCCCCGAUCAAUCCGUCAGACAUCAACAUGAUUCAAGGUACGUAUGCCAUCCUCCCUGACCUCCCAGCUGUUGGCGGCAACGAGGGCGUGGCGCAGGUCGUGGAGGUGGGCAGCCAUGUGCAGUCCCUCAAAGCAGGAGACUGGGUCAUUCCUAGAGAUGCUGGGCUGGGGACGUGGAGGACAGCAGCAGUGUUGCCUGAGGUUGAUGUCAUCUCACUGCCCAGUGACAUUCCCUUGUUGUCUGCCGCUACGCUGGGGGUGAACCCCUGCACUGCCUUCAGGAUGCUCUCUGACUUCGAGGACCUCAAAGCAGGGGACUCGGUGAUCCAGAAUGCAGCCAACAGUGGAGUCGGCCAGGCGGUCAUACAGAUUGCCGCUGCAAAGGGAAUUAACACUAUCAACGUUAUCCGAGACAGGCCAGAGUUCAAACAGCUCAGCGAUAGGCUGAAGGCUAUAGGGGCCAGUCAUGUGAUCAAAGAGGAGGCACUGAGGCGGCCUGAGAUGAGGGAGUUGUUCAAGACGUGUCCAAGGCCUAAACUGGCACUGAAUGGGGUCGGAGGCAAGAGUGCAACAGAGCUUCUCCGUCACCUACAGGUUGGAGGGACCAUGGUAACGUAUGGAGGGAUGGCCAAACAGCCUGUCACUGUGCCUGUGAGCUCUCUUAUUUUCAAGGAUGUGAAGCUGCGGGGCUUUUGGGUCACACAGUGGAAGAGAGAUCACUCACAUGAUGAAGCGGCCUUCAGAGCCAUGCUGGAUGAACUGUGCUCCCUCAUCCGGCAGGGAAAGCUCACAGCUCCUGUCUGUACCGAGGUCGGGCUCCAAGACUACAGGACAGCUCUGGACUCAGCCAUGCUGCCUUUCACCUCCGCCAAACAAGUCCUGGUCAUGUGACCUAACUGAGCUUCCAUCAGCCAAUUACUGCACUGGCAUGAUCCCAGCGUAUGAACCAGGUGCAGCCACAAGACUGCAACGUCACUAACUGACAUAUCGUAAAAUUCAUCUCCCCAGAGUUGAGCACACACUCAAUAAAUGACCGAUACUAGACUUUGACCCUUCUACAUCUGCUGCAAUGACACUUUGAGCUCCCGCAAGUUUAAAGGCAAUCAAAUACAGUAAUCAAAAAGACAUUAGUCCUUUUACAAACAUAAUGAGAUUACAGGUGACAUCAAGGAGCCCUGAUAAUGCCCCUUUAUCAGUCUUGAUUGGCAACAUUUAUCGGUCCCAAGUAAUAUGAACAUGAACAAGUGCGGUCUGUUUUGUUAAUAGAAACAUUUAUUGUUGGUAUAACAUUGCUGUUCAAGGUGUGCUGAUGCAUCCUGUUAAAGUAAUGUCAUUAUUAAAAUCAAUAAAACAUUUGAUAUUCCUUUUUUAGGGU